CGGGGUGGACAUCCGGUCGUUUUCGGUGCCUUGUCGCCUCAACAACCAACACGGAACUUAAGCGUACGAAACUGCGAAACGGCGAAAUUAAACGCGAACGGAGGAGCAAUGGACGAUUUCGACGAGCGACUCUCGGCGGAGGUGCGCAAACACCGACGUCUGUACGACAACGCUUGUCCGUCGCGCAAGAACAGCAAGACCACGAUCGCUACGUGGAAGGCGAUCGGCAACGCGGUGCACGAAGACCCGACCUUGUGCAUGAGACGAUGGAAGGCGCUGCGGGAUAAAUUCGUGCGGCUGAAGAAGAGGAUAAAAAACAAAAAGGUUUCUCCCGGGUAUGAGGGAGCCAAGGUGGAAGUCAACGUGAUCCAUGAAAAGUUGUCUUGGCUCAACGAGCAUGUGACGCACCGCAACAUCACUGAAAAACGAGAGAAGGUAAAGCUGGAAGGGAACCAUCUCCACGGUUCUGCUGCCAUCACAGACAUGGAGCAGUCAUCCGAGGCGAUGCAAAGUGAUGCUGAGGAGGGGGAUGAAUUGGAUGUCAGGAGGCCGCCCGCCCAUGAGUUCAAAGCACAGAUGGACAGUAAGAGGAAAGUAAUUGACAAUACCGACAUCGCGGACGGUGUGAAACGUCUGGACGUCCUCGAAAACCCCACGGAGCGGCCCAACCAGGACGCAUGUGACCGUUACACACAGACGGUGGCCGACUUUAUGCGUGGACUGUCCCGUAGGCGCUGUGUCGUUUUCAAGAAACGACUCAAUGACCUGAUGUAUGAGAUGGACUUGGAAGAGCUGGAUGACUUUGCUCAAAGUUAAAAGGCGUACUUGGGAGAUAUCUAUCGAUGUUUAUUCGGUCUAAAAGGUUUUAUUUGUUUUGCUUUUCAUCCUAAUGGUUGUCCCGACACAUCUGUAAAUCAGCUUUUUGUAUUAGUAUCUUGAUCAGAGCUUUAAUAAAAAAAACUUUGUACUCAGGCUUGCAUGUACAAGUUGCACAAAAUGUA